CAUGAGCUCUGAGGUGUAGUGAGAGUUGGUUGGGAAGCUGAAAGCAGGCACACGGCUUGCUCAGCACAGAGCACAUGUGCUGAACCAAUGGCGUUACAAAGCCGCUCAGACAGUCACUUUUAAGCGUUUUUAACAACAUUUUAUUUAUUUUUUGUGGCACUUGAGACCGAAUCAUGGAGGGAGAAGCUCAUGCUCAGGAGGAUUUGGCGACUCUGUCAGAUUUGGAUGAAGAGAGUUUACUGGAAUCACUGACUGCAAGAUUCAACCACAGACACAUCUAUACUUAUAUUGGGGAUAUUUUGGUCGCUGUGAACCCAUUUAAGCAACUCCCUCUCUAUGGGAAAGAGAUGUCUGAGAAGUACAAAUGCCAUGAGAAAAGCACUUUACCCCCACAUAUAUUUGCUGUAGCCGAUAGAGCGUAUCAGUCCAUGUUGGGCCGUCUGGCCACAGGGCCGAAAAACCAGUGCAUCGUGAUCAGCGGUGAAAGCGGAGCAGGGAAGACCGAAAGCACAAAGCUUUUACUGCGGCAGCUUAUGGAGCUCUGUCGCGCGAACUCUCAGCUUGAGCAGCAGAUCCUGCAGGUGAACCCUCUUCUGGAGGCGUUCGGGAAUGCCCAGACGGUCAUGAAUGACAACAGUAGUCGCUUUGGAAAGUAUAUUCAGCUGCGCUUUCAGAACUCUUCAGUGAAAGGCGCCAAAAUCAACGAGUAUCUACUAGAAAAGUCCCGUGUGGUCCACCAAGAUGAAGGCGAGAGGAACUUCCACAUCUUCUACUGCAUGCUUGCUGGCAUUUCUUCACAGGACCAGGAGAUGUACGGCCUUCUGGACCCUUCUCAAUACCGUUACCUGAACGGGCAAUUUGGCAACAGCGAUAUGGUGCAGCAGUGGAGUGAAAAGUACAAUGAAGUGAGCAACGCUAUGGAUAUGGUGGGCUUUGAGGAGCAGGAAAAGGUGGACAUGAUGACUAUCCUGGCUGGGAUUUUGUCUCUGGGAAAUAUCACAUUCGAGCCAACUGAGAAUGACGCCCUGAAAGUGAGCGAGACUUCACAGGGCUGGCUCAGAGCCACGGCGGGUCAGUUUGGUGUUCAGGAGGAGGACCUGAUGAGGUGUCUCACCUGCACCAUGUCAGUAACAAGAGGGGAAUCCAUCCACCGCUUCCACAACCAGCAACAAGCUGAAGAUGCCAGAGAUUCGAUCGCCAAAGUGGUGUACGGCAGAGUGUUUGGCUGGAUCGUUAGUAAAAUUAACGAGCUGCUGAUACACAAACUGGAUGCAAAUGUUGAGCUGAGUGAAAUAGGUAUUCUUGACAUCUUUGGGUUUGAGAACUUUGCCGUGAACCGAUUCGAGCAGCUCUGCAUUAAUCUUGCAAACGAGCAGCUACAGUAUUUUUUUAAUCAUCACAUUUUUCUAAUGGAGCAGAAAGAGUACAAAGAGGAGGGCAUCCAGUGGGAGACCAUCACCUUCAAGGAUAACAAACCAAUUCUGGACCUGUUCUUAACGAAGCCGAUUGGGAUUCUGUCCUUGCUGGAUGAGCAGAGCGCCUUUCCUCAGGCCACAGAUGGAAACUUUGUAGACAAGCUGAACAACAAGUUCAAAGCCAAUCCCCAUUUUGAGGUGGUCCGGAGCCAUAGCCCUCUCUUUGCGGUUGUGCACUAUGCUGGAAAGGUGCAGUAUAACGCCAGUGGCUUCCUGGAAAAGAACAGAGACAAUAUUCCAGCCAACAUUCGCACUCUCUUCAUCAACAGUGUUACCCCUCUCCUCAGCGUCCUCUUUGCUGCCACAAUUUCCAGAACAGGGACGCUAAUGCCACGGAAAGCAAAGAUGGUAAACUUUGUAGAUGACAACUUCAACUCGACCAGGAAGCAGUCUGUAGGCACACAGUUCAAGCACUCCCUGGCUGUGUUAAUGGAGAAGAUGUUUGCUGCCAGUCCGCACUUCGUGAGAUGUAUCAAACCGAACAGCAGCAAGUUGCCUGAUCAGGUGGACAGGAAGCUCAUCAUGGAUCAGCUGAGGUACAACGGCCUGCUAGAGACGAUCCGCAUUCGGAGAGAAGGCUUUUCCUGGAGACCAUCUUUUAAAGAGUUUGUACAGAGGUACAACGUUCUGCUGCUUAAACCAGAUCUGCCUUUGGACAAAGAAAGCUGCAUGUCGAUUCUUAAUACCACAGAGCUGCGUGGUUGGAAGUGUGGUUCGUCCCGGUUAUUUUUUAAAUACUGGCACCAGGACGAGUUGGCUCAUCUCCUAGAGAGAUUUGGGAAGGCAGCUGUUGUCAUUCAGAAGAAUUACCGUGCAGUGAGCUGUAGGAAAAAGUACCUGGUCCUGCUGGCUGAGGUUAAGAGGCAACAGCAGGCUCAGCGAGAGAGGGAAGAAGAAGAGCAGCGGAGGCAGGAAGAGGAAGAGAGGAACAAGCGUUUACUUGUGGAGCAAGAAAAUAAGAGGCCAAUUUCGCCACCAGUUCCUCUACCCAGGAAGAAAAAACCUCAACCCAGACCUCGGGCCAUACUCGCCGCACUUGCCCUUGCACCUCAUCUAGCACCUGUACCUCGGCCACGCAGUAAGCAUUUUGAGGCAAUGCCAUUUGAUAACGACCUACAUGAGAACAGUGAUUUGAUGACUCUUCUGGCUCAGGAGGUGGAUGAUGAGUGGGCCAAUGAGAAAAGGAAGAAGAGGAGAAACACCAUUCGCUGGUUCAAAGAAACACAGGCCCGCAAAGUGGCCAAAAACGGCACUUUCCCUUGCUGGUUCCAUGGCAUGAUCACGCGGAGGCAAGCUGAGGAUCUGUUGACUGACAAGCCUCUUGGCUGCUUUUUGAUUCGAGUGGGACAAAGUCGAGAAGGAUAUACACUUACGUACAGGGGAGCUGACCGACUUCGUCACUACAUGAUUGAGAUGCAGAGUAACGGGAAGUAUGUGAUCCUUGGCGAGGACCGGGCACACGCCUCCCUGCUUGAUCUGGUCCAAUAUCACACACAAGUGGGAAUCAAGCCGUUUAUGGAGCGCCUCGCUGAGCCGUGUGGACAGACGUGUGAUCAUGACCCAGACUAUGAAGAGCUGAAGGCAUUGCAAGGGCCGGGUCUGUCUGACAGCAACACGGACUCCAGAGUGAACAACCACAAAGAUAUGGACCACGUGCAUGUCGAAAUGCAGAGGCUCUUUCAGCCUCCGGGACAGAACCCAGAACCGGAGGCUCCUAAAGCCCCUGUCCUGAGGCGCGUGUCGGACAGAUACAGGUGUAUCGACGCUGCCGAGAUGGAGCAGAAAGGAGACGAGGAUGCAGAGAGAGGCAAACCUGUCCCCCGUCUCUACCCUUCCAUCCGCUUAGCCAUGAGAGAGAUCCAGCAGAUCCAACAGCAAUUCUCGGCUAAACAAGAGUGGGCACCCUGGAGGAAGAAAGAUUCCUAACGGAAGGCACGAAGGAUGACUACGUAGAGUUGGGUCUGGGUGUCUUUUGUUUUGCUGCUACUUGCAUAAAAAAUGUGAAUGGCUGGCUGAAAUUGUAAGAGGAGGAUUUUAUGUAAAUGAAACGAGACAUGGAGUGAAACUUUCUCUUUGUAAGACAAGCUUUUAGAAUUUUAUUUACCAGGUCUGCUCGGGUUUUUUUUUUUUCCCCCCUCAUUAUUUUUAAGGAGUUAUUUAAUUUAUAAAAUUAUGUACUGAUUGCAUGGGACACUUAAUAAACGAUGUCUGAUUUUGUUUACUUCCAUUACUCUGGGCUGGAGUAAUCAUAAAUACGCAUACACAUCCAUACGCGGUGUCGGGAAGGGAACCACAGCUGUUUGAAUUUGGUGCACUGACUACCUGGACGUGAUGAUCGCACUGGAGUGCAAAUGCAAAUAAAUAACCACCAGCGAAGGGUAGAUCUUUUUGCGAUUACAGCGAAGUCAGUUUAGCAUCUUGCACUGUAAUGAGCAAUUGUAUAUCUAUCGGUGCCGAAAAAUAACACCAAGAUAACUCUUUAGAUCUUUUCUUCACCUUUAAUCUGAUGUAUCAAAAUCAAAUCAAGUUUAUUUGUAUAGCGCUUUUAACAAUAAACAUUGUCGCAAAGCAGCUUUACGGAAUUUGAACGACUUAAAACGAGCUAAUUUUAUCCCUAAUCUAUCCCCAAUGAGCAAGCCUGUGGCAACGGUGGCAAGGAAAAACUCCCUCAGACGACAUGAGGAAGAAACCUCGAGAGGAACCAGACUCAAAAGGGAACCCAUCCUCAUUUGGGCAACAACAGGCAGCCUGACUAUAAUAUUAACAGUUUUAACAGGUAUAACCCUCAACUGUCCUCAUGGGGCCGUCCUUCACAGGAGCGGUGCGAUAAAACUCCGACCAGACACAGGGCACCAGGAUGGAUCAAGCAGGUCCGAGGGGCAGAAGAGGCCAGCAUCUCAAUCCCAGGAUCAACAUGUAACUCAGAGGGACAGAUUGGGGGGGGAAGAGAGAGAGAGAAAGAAAACACAUGUUGUUAGGUAUGCCCUAAAAAUGACAAGUAUUAAAUCUGUGUGGUAGGCUCGCAGAGACGAGAGUCUUUACAUCAGGCAUAACACACAACAAUGGCAUGUUAAUAUGGUAAAAUAUAUCAUGACCUGCUCUGGCUGGAUGCUUGAUUGGGUGAUGGGAGCAUACUCCUCAGCAAUGAUGAGAUGCAGAUGGGACCCUUAGGGCUGGCCAAGACAAUUCAGUUACAUUUCACCGGGUCUGGGACAUGCGACAGAAUGUCUGACGGCCGAUUCCCUGCAGGCUACGAUAGCCAGUCGAGGUCCCCACCAUCUCCACCAAAAGAUUUCCUGUUGACUCCAUGUAACUCAGAGGGACAGAUUUGGGGAGGGAAAGAAAACACAGGUUGUUAGGUACCGGUAUGCCCAAUGUCACCUGAAUAAGUAGGAGCAGUAUACAUAUUGCACCGAGUACAAGCAGGGACUCCGGCAACUAACUAUGACAGCAUAACUAAAAGGAGAGAGCCAGAAGGUAACACAGGCAUGAGGGAGCCCCGGGACAUAAAGCAGCCAGCCACUACACCGUCAACAAACUCGAGUGAGCAAGCGAGUGGGGACUGAUAGCAUCCAUACAUCCCAGUUUACCAAAACACUCUGUCUGAGGAUCCUCCAGAUCUACUCCUUUACCUCAUAAACACCAUUAACAAAAGGCUUGACUAAACAGACAUGUUUUCAGCCUAGACUUAAACGCUGAGACUGUGUCUGAUUCCCGAACAUUACUUGGAAGGCUGUUCCAUAACAGUGGGGCUUUGUAAGAAAAGGCUCUGCCCCCUGAUGUAGCCUUCACUAUACGAGGUACCAGCAGAUAGCCUGCACCUUUUGAUCUAAGUAGGCGUGGCGGGUCAUAGAGGAGCAGAAGUUCACUCAGGUACUGUGGUGCGAGACCAUUUAGUGCUUUAAAGGUCAAUAGUAGUAUUUUAUAAUCAAUACGAAAUUUGAUUGGGAGCCAAUGCAGUGUGGAUAAGACAGGCGUGACGUGGUCAUAUUUUCUAGUUCUAGUAAGGACUCUUGCUGCUGCAUUUUGAACUAACUGGAGCUUGUUUAUGCACUUAUUGGAACAUCCAGACAGUAAGGCAUUACAAUAAUCCAACCUGGAGGUAACGAAAGCAUGGACUAGUUUUUCUGCAUCAUGCAAUGACAUUAAAUUUCUUAUCUUUGCAAUAUUUUUGAGAUGAAAGAAAGCUAUCCGGGUGAUGUUAUCAAUGUGAGUUUCGAAUGAAAGACGGGUCAAUAAUCACUCCGAGGUCUUUUACUGCUGCACGUGAAGAAACAGAAAGGCCAUCCAGAGUCACUGUGUAAUCAGAAAACUUACUUCUAGCUGUAUGUGGCCCUAGCACAAGUACUUCAGUCUUGUCAGAGUUAAGCAGAAGGAAAUUAAUAAGCAUCCAGUGUCUAAUGUCCUUAACACAUUCCUCAAUUCUAUUAAGCUGGUGUCUCUCAUCAGGUUUUGCAGAGACAUACAACUGUGUGUCAUCAGCAUAACAGUGGAAACUAAUACAAUGUUUACGAAUAAUAUCGCCCAGAGGUAACAUAUAUAGAGAAAAAAAAAGCAGUGGACCCAAGACAGAACCUUGUGGAACACCAAACUUUACCUCGGUACGUCUAGAAAUAUCACCAUUUAUAUCAACAUACUGAUAACGAUCAGUUAGAUAAGACCUGAGCCAGGAGAGGGCCAUUCCCUUAACUCCCACAACAUUUUCUAGUCUAUCCAGAAGAAUGGAAUGAUCAAUGGUAUCAAAUGCUGCACUAAGGUCAAGCAACACAAGUAGCGUGACACAGCCCUGAUCAGACGCCAACAGUAGGUCGUUUACUACUUUAACCAGUGCUCUGUCUGUGCUAUGAUGAGGUCUAAAUCCUGACUGAUACAUUUCAUGGAUGUUAUUCCUAUGUAAAUAUGAGCAUAACUGCUGUGCCACAGCUUUUUCAAGGAUCUUGGAGAUAAAGGGGAGGUUUGAUAUUAGCCGAUAAUUGGACAGCUGACAGGGAUCAAGGUCAGGUUUUUUUAAUCAGGGGUUUGAUAACUGCUAGUUUAAAGGAUUUGGGUACAUAGCCAAUCAUAAGAGAAGAAUUUAUUAUUUUUAGAAGCGGUUCAAUUACUCCAGGCAUUAUCUGUUUGAAUAGAUGUGUCGGUAAGGGAUCUAGUACGCAAGUUGAGGCUUUUGAUGUAGAGAUUAAUGAAAGUAAUUCAGUUUCUUUUAGGGGAGUAAAACAUUCUAACUGAUGAUCUGAUACAGUUAUAUUGUUAACUACAAGGUCACUUUCAUUGUCUAACCUUAAAUUAGUAGUUUGAAUUUUUUGGCGGAUAUUCUCAAUUUUGUCAUUAAAAAAAAUUCAUGAAGUCGUUGCUACUACAUACUGCAGGUGUGCAUGUGUUGAUAGUGGACUUAUUCCUGGUUAAUUUUGCUACAGUAUUAAAUAGGAAUCUAGGAUUAUUUUUGUUAUCUUCUAUUAGGGAGGAGAGAUACAGUAUGUUGAUCUCGCAGCACUAAGAGCUUUUCUAUACUUCAGGAAGCUCUCCUUCCAAGCUAAUUUGAACACUACCAAUUUUGUUUGACGCCAUUUACGUUCCAAUUUUCGAGUGGUCUGUUUUAAUGUGCGAGUGUCAUCAUUAUACCAGGGUGCUAAUUUUUUUGUCUCUGACCAUUUUCCUUUUUAGAGGAGCUACAUUAUCUAAAGUAUGGUGGAACGUUGACUCUAAGCAUUCAGUUGCCUGAUCGAGUUCUGCAGGGGCUGACAGUGACCCAAUCAAAGUUGACAGCUCUGGGAGAUCAUUUAUAAAGCUCUGUGCAGUAGUUGACGUGAAAGUACGUUUAAUACAGUAGCGUGGUGAGGUCCAUAUAUUAUUACUCAGACAUAUCUUGAAUGAGAUGAGACAAUGAUCUGAGAUAACUUCAGACUGUGGAAGUAUGACUAUAUUGUCUACGUUUAAUCUGAAUGUUAGUAUUAGAUCAAGGGUGUAUAUAUAAAAGAAAAGAAAAUCACACUCAUGUACAACUCGUACAAAAAUCCUGCAACGACCUGGUUGUGCAAGUGUGCACACGGCUUAACUAAUGCUUUUUUUUUUAAAGCAUAUUUUUCUUGUAGUACAAACUCUGUUUUUUGGGGUAAGAGUCUUCGCAUUAACUUGACUCCUCUUGAUUUUGUUCCAUUCUUCUUUGGAAAAAGGACAAUUUACGAUUUAUCAAAUUGUAAUAGAGACCCAGUCCCAGCUGAAGAAAAGCAGCCCAACAGCAUGAUGCCGCCACCACCAUGAGUGUGAUUUUCUUUUCUUUUAUAUAUUUUACAGGGAUAUGUAGACUUGUUCGGUCAGUCAGUCAAGUUUAUUUUUAUAGCGCUUUUAACAAUAGAUGUUGUCGCAAAGCAGUUUCACAGAAUUUUAAUGACCUUUAAACAUUAAGCUAAUUUUAUCCUCAAUGAGCAAGAUGGCGGCAAGAAAAAACUCCCUCAGACGACAUGAGGAAGAAACCUCGAGAGGAACCAGACACAAAAGGGAACCCAUCCUCAUUUGGGUGAUAACAGACAACGUGAUUAUAACAUUAACAGUUUUAACAUGAAGUCUGUUUCAUAUCUUAUCCUUGAAACUGUUUCUUAAAAAAAAAAAAAGCCCCCUUCAAGUUAUUCCACAGGUUUUCAAUAGGAAUUGUUCCAAAAUGUUGAUCGUUAAGGCCGCCGUCACACGUAUUCAGAAUUGGCAGGAAUCAAGCAGAACCAGCCAGAAUGAAAAAUUUUUCAAAAUUCAUGCCAUAUUCGGGUGGGAAUUUCAAACCAACCAACAUUCUUACAGCUUUGUAAGAACGCUGUUGGAAUCCUUCGAACCCGCCUCGAACGAUUCGUGCACAUUCCGGGUGUAUUAGCUUUCGAAUGCAGUUCAAAUGUAGUUGGAACACAGUAGGAAUACCUAGAAUGCAGUAAGAAUAUAAAGAAUGCACUUCGAAUGCCGUUCAAUUGCUGCCCGAAUACCGCCUGAAGUCUGGUCGGAAGGUGCCUCGAAUGCUGUACGAAUUCACCUCAAAUGCAGUCAGAACGCUCCCGGGAUAGCCACCGGAAUGUGUUUCGAACGUCUAAGAAUUCAAAGAGAAUGCAGCUUGAAUACUUAGAAUGUACUUCGAAUAUCCCGAAAUAUACAAAGAAUUUUCAUUCCGACGGCAUUCCAGCUCAUUCGAGGCACAUUCAGGCAGGAUUUGAAGUGGCUUGCCAUUUCGAUUUUUCCCUCGAACGCGAUCAGAAUGUUUCAAAUGCUGUUGGAAUGCCGUAAGAAUAUUUAAACACAGUUAGAAUACACUUCGAAUGCCGUAAGAAUAUUUAGAACGCAGUUAGAAUACACUUCGAAUGCCGUUCGAUAUUUCUCCUCUUCGGAUGCACCUCGAAUGUUUUGAGCAUGAGCAAAACAUUCAGGCUGGCCACAAGAAUGGGCCCGAAUGUUUGGAAUGCACUUCAAAUAUCCAGGAAUAUACAAAGAAUUUUCAUUCCGACGGCAUUCCGGCUCAUUCCGCCUCUAGUGUGACUAGCCUAUAACUUUUUGAAGCUAUUUCUUUGUUGGAUUUAUGCUUUGGGGCAUUAUCAUGCUGGAAGGUGAAAAAUAAACUGUGCACAUUUUUGUGCCAAAAUCGGUUGGUAUUUGGAACGAUCCAUGAUUUCCUCCAACCUGUAUAGAGUCCCAGUCCCAGCUUAAGAAAAGCAGCCGCCGCCACCAUGCUUCACCACCCCUCCACAUCACAACCACCUACACUUUUUUUUUUUUUUUUUUUUACACACGGGGAUAUGUAGACUUUGUCCAGUGUAUUUAUACUUGUCCUUGAAACUGUAAAAAGAAAAAUCAAACCUGCUCAGUACAGAUUUUAUUCAAAAUGUUGUUUAAAUAUGAACAGUACUGUUUUGCCUAUAUUGGAGCCAAUUUUUAUUUGAAUUACAACUGAUUUAGAAUGCCAUGAGAGCUUGCACAGUUCACUGUGAAACCUCAAACGUAAGACGCAAGCCUCCUGAAAUGAACAUUUUGGUAUUUAUAUGUAUAUGUGUCAGUCAGUCAACCUCUUUACCAUUACACAAUGUGAAACAACAGGUUUAAAAAAAAAAAAAAAAGAAGUGAUAAACUGGUGAUAAAUGGGUUAAUUGAGAAGAAUGUGUGUAAACUACACAGGAUGAUGCGCUUGUGUGGAAUGUUCAGAAUAUAAUGUCAACUUGGCUGCAAGUCUUCACGCCCACUUUAUGAGGCGUGGCUUCCCAUCAUGGCUCAUAUAACUAUGGUGAAACCACAACACACCAGGAUUUUUUUUAAAGCGCUACCGUGAAGCCUGAAAAUCAAAUCAGUGUCGCUGCAUGUUCAAAUGGAUUUCAAAAUUCUUCUGCUGGUCCUGUGCAUCACCUUAGUCUCUGUGCAAGGUGCCAUUCCACGAUGCUGCGUUGCAACAGCUCCACUCCAAGAAAGAGUGCUGAAGAGAGCGAAGAACUUCAUCAUACAGAAUCGCAGUGGCAGCUGUGAGAUUGACGCCCUUGUGGUGAAGGUCGAUAAGAGGACGUACUGCGCACCAACGUGGCAAAAGAAAUUUCUGAAAAAAAUGAAAACCCUAACGGGGAAGAAAAGUUUCUGAGACGUAACUAGUAGGGGAAAUAAUUAGUAGUUCUCAUUCAGCUGUUAAGUGAAACAGCCCCAUAAAUUCCAUCUCUCUCUCUCACUCAGCUUGUUUUUGUAGGGUUAAUCGAAGUGGGUUUUUUUUAUAUAUAUAAUGAAUGAUUUCAGAUGUGUUUAUAACUAAAAUUAUAUUUUAAAAGUUGUUACGAGGCAAAAAAAAAAAAUUCCCUCGUGCUAAUAUUUUUGUACAAAUUAAAAAUGGAAAAAUAGUGGAAGAAAAUAACGGUGAUGAUCGACACCCGUUUUCACAAGGUCAUUGCUAUCGGUCAGAUUAUGACAACAUGUACAGGCAAAAAUAAAUAUUCAAAGCUUUCUUCAUCUCAGGAAAUAGGUUUUAAGGAUGUUUGUGAAUUAAAGUCUGAGAAAUGGGUGGGUUUUUUUCCUUUCUUUAAACAGCUAGACUUUGACAUAUGGGAUAUGUGCUGCUGUUCAUCAUAUUUCUACAGCUACAUGCAUCAUCUCUCAAGGAGGGGAAAAAGUGACUGAUGUAAUAUACUAAUUAUAAUCAAUAAAUGGAAUUUUGUCUUAA